UAUUUAGAUAUACUUUUUAUCAUUAAAAAAUUAAGCGUUAAGCAAAAAAAAACUAUUUUACAUAUUUGACUCUAUCGUAAUCAAAAUUAGACAUGCAAAAUGGGAUUUGAUUAUGAUCUGAUCGUAGGCACUUGCAAUUUAAAUAUUAUUUGCCAAAUAUGUAUGGAUGUUUUAGAAAAUCCCGUAGAAUGCAGUCCAUGUUGCCAUACUUUCUGUGCUACUUGUGCCAAUGUCUGGUUUUCCAAAUGCGAGCAUUGUCCCAUAGAUCGCUUGUGUCCUGUGGCCAUCAGAAAAUGUUCCGCUGGCAUUAUCUUUAAGUUGCUUAUGCGUACUCGAAUUAAAUGCAAAUUCCACACACAGGGAUGUACAGAGGAAAUGUUCUUAGUUGAAUUUAGGGAUCACGUAAAAGCGUGUAUAUUUCAUCCUGAAAAAGAAUACAUAUGUACCGAGGGUUGUGGUUGUGAAGUGAAACGCAAAGACAAGGAAACACAUGAUUGUGCUCAGCAUUUAGAAGUAUUAAUAGCAAAGUAUCGACACUUACUCUAUGGAAAAAAUUGCUGUUUGCUGUCAUCUCAUCUCAGUCUGGAUUGCUUGAAAAGUGAAUGGCGUUGCAUGUGUAAGUUUAUAUAUAGAAAGUAUCAUAUCGACUUAAGACCCAAAGAAAUUGUUAUUAAAUGUCCGCAUGUUAUAAGAAAGAAAUUAUUUGCUUGGGGUGCAUCGCUACCACUAGCUUCUGUAGAAAGUUGGCAAAGAAUUUAUUCCGGACCAAAACGUACACUGGUACGUGAGUUGAAGAGCGCAUUGGUUGCUUGUCAUUGUCCUUCAGGGUUUAUAACAAGACUUUUGAGAAAUUGCAAUGAACGUUAUUGGCCUCCUGGUAUAGCUGAUCUAUAUAGCCGCCGUCAACAUUGUGAUACAUUGAAAAAAUACGUAUUAAGGAAAAUUCCAAACAUGCAAGCAGUUGUGAUGUUAUUUAAUCAAAAUAAACAUGUAUCUUUUGACUUUAUAGUUUUCCCUGGAUUAAUAUUUGCUUUUCAAACUGGAGUACACGAAUCUAUUUGAUUUGAAUUAAAUUUUUUUUGUGCAUUUUUUAAGAAAAU